AUGCCCCAAUACAUCGCGAUACUUCCCGCAGGACGCAGGUGUAGCUCGGGCUCGAAAGACCUCAUCCUUGCUUUGAACGAGAUGUGCGACGGGAAGCGUUGGUACACGUCUACCAAGGAGCUGCAGCUGGCGUCCUUGGAGUUCUGCCUCGCGUGCCGAAAGUAUCAGAUCUUGGAGUUGAAGGUCGACGCGCAAACCCCACGUAACCUGCUGGCCGCUGUGGAUGCCCCACCCCCUCACACGAAGCGGCCAUGCCGGACACGGGUCCCACGGCUUCGGGCGCGGCGGGUGAAGUGGAACAUGCCGACAGCAACGGAAUUGAGAACCCUGAUGUUUGCAUUGAAGGACGUCAACUGCCUGCGGUUCGGUGGUGUCUUCAACGGCAGCCUUGAGGCUGUGGUGUGGCCGCCACCGCUGAAACAAAUUAUAUUUUUCUCUUCAGAGUUUAACCAGCGGAUUGAUGCGAUGCAAUGGCCAGCAAGUCUGCAGAAGCUUGAUCUGGAAAACUCCUUCAAACAACCCAUCGAAGGUGUCGAGUUUCCGCCAUUGCUGCAGCAGCUCAGGAAAGGGGAUGACUACAACCACCCCAUAGAAUAUGUCAGAUGGUCACCGUCCUUGCAGCAGAUCAUGUUCGGACGAUACUUCAACCAGUCGAUCGAGAGCGUUGUGUGGCCGUCAUCACUGAAGGAGGACGUGGAGUGGCCGGCAUCAGUGCGGGAGCUCACAUUUGGCGAAUCAUUCGACCAGUCGAUUGAAUGGGCUACCUUUCCCGCGUCGCUGGAGGAGUUGGCUUUUGGCGGGGAUUUCAACCAGCCCAUUGAGGACGUUACGUGGCCAGAUUCGCUUCAGAGGCUUGCCUUCGGACAUUUUUUCAACCAGCAAGUUGAUAACGUGAGGUGGCUGGCGUCCUUGGAAGAAUUUUUUUUUGGAAUGCACGAUGGUGAAGGUUUUGAAAACGCCGUAAUGUUGUCGGCGUUCAACCAGCGUGUCGACAUGUGCGAGUGGCCGGUAUCCAUGCGGCGACUUACGCUAGGCCACAAGUUCAAGGAGUCACUGCAAGGACUGGGAACACGGAUGCCAAACCUUGAGGCAUUUCAUCUCCUUGAUCAUAGGAAUGGUUCAGGCAGCGAAGAUAGCCUCCGCGGAAUCGAAUGGCCUAAGGUUCUUCGUCACCUUGUCGUGUUUAGUAACUCGAGCUUAGAUGGGGUCGUAAUUCCCUUCAACUGUAGAGGUCUCGCUUCUUUGAAACGCAGCCCCGUGGUAGUUAUGCCACGUAGCCUUUGGGUUGUGCUGGGAGAAGCGGUUUUUGCAGUCACACGGUUGCGCACCUCAGUCUGUGUUCUCGAGCGAGUUAGCUCGGUAGGGAAGUCGAUUCGGGGGGUAGGGAGUGCGAUCGAGAGCAGGGUCAAGAUGGCUACCAGGCGCGAAGAUGAAGCCCGCCAAGCAGCGGAGGCCCGCCAAGCAGCGGAGGACGCCAGGAUCGAAGAACAAGAUAGCUCCCGCAGCGUCGACAAGAGCGCGCGGUUUGAAGCUGAAGAAGUCAACAGGAGUCCGGACGUCAGCUGCGAGGUGAAAGCAGGAGAGGGUUAGAUAAAAGUCAUGCGAGAGAGCG